ACUCACACAGAUAAAAACUCGCAACACUAACCAACCAAACUUUUGGUGGAGAACAAUCUAUUAGUCGGCUAGAAUUCAUACAAAGUUUUGAUUCUUGUAUAUAUUAUUAGGAUUAUAAGUAAAUAGUAUAUACUGGAAUUAGAAUAUCAAUUGGUGAUAUAACUAUAGUAAGUAUUAAACUUAUUAUUAUUAUUAGUAUAAACUAGAUUCAAUUAAUAAUGGCUGCAUUGCCUCCAAGCGCAGACUUUAAAAAGACAUGGAACUUUGUUCAACCUGGAUUAGAUUUUAUUUUAGGUACAAAUGAUGAACAAGAAGGAGUUACUGCAGUGAUGUAUAUGAGUUGUUAUACAGCCAUUUAUAAUUAUUGUAUUAAUAAAUCACGUUCUGUAAGUUUAAUUCCAAGUAUAAUAGGUGGUAAUAGAUCAUCAGAUUCAAAUAAUUCAUAUGUUUUACCAGGAGCAGAAUUAUAUAAUAAAUUAGAUAAAUAUUUAACUAAAGUUCUUAAAGAUGUUUUAUCAGAAAAGCAUGAUAAUCUUUUAGAAUUUUAUGUUAAAAAGUGGACAAGAUAUACAAUUGGAGCUCGGUAUUUAAGUAAUGUAUUUGAAUAUAUGAAUAGGCAUUGGGUUCAAAAGGAAAGACAAGAUGGUAGAAGAGAUGUAUAUGAUGUUAAUACAUUAUGUUUAAUGAAAUGGAGAGAAGAAGUAUUUAAACCUAAUGAAAAACAAUUAAUAGGUCAAGUAUUAGAAUUAAUUAAAAAACAAAGAGAUAAUGAAAUUGUUGAUACUUAUUUAAUUUCAACCGCAGUUAAAUCUUUAGUAUUUUUAGGAAUUGAUGUUCAAGAUUUAAAAAAGCCAAAUUUAGUUGUAUACAUUAAUUCAUUUGAAAAGAAAUUUUUAACAGAAACUACUGAAUAUUAUCAAAAGGAAAGUAGUGAUUUCUUAGCUAAAAAUAAUGUAGUUGAUUAUAUGCAAAAGUGUGAAACUAGAUUAAAUGAAGAAGUUUUAAGAUCAAAUAAUUUUUUAGAAGAACAUACAAAGAAGCAUUUAUUAGAAACUUUAAAUAAAUCAUUAAUUGAAGAUCAUGCUCAAGAAAUGCAUGAUUAUUUUAUUAGUCUUAUAAAACAAAAUGAACUUGAUCAUAUUCUUCGAAUGUAUAAAUUAUUAUCAAGAGUUCCAAAAUGUUUAGAUCCUUUAGCUCUAAGUUUAGAGAAUUAUAUUAUACAACAAGCUGAUGAGAAAUUUAAAGAACUUAAAAGUGAAAGUGAAAAAUUAGUUGAAGAUCAAUCAAAAGUUAAAUCUAAACCAAAGAGAGGUGUAACUAAUGUUGAUACUAAAACUUAUAUUCAUACUUUAAUUGCUCAUCAUGAUAAAUAUCAAGGAGUUGUUUUUAAAGCAUUUGCUAAUGAUCCAAAAUUUAUUAAAGCAUUAGAUAAUGCAAGUCGUCAUUUUGUUAAUAAGAAUAUUAUUGCUUCACCAACUGAAAGAUCAAAAUGUAGAACUCCUGAACUUUUAGCUAAAUAUGCUGAUACAUUUUUAAAGAAAGGUGGUAAAGAUGUUGAUACAAUGGAUAUGACUGCUGAUAAUUUAAUGAUUGUAUUUAAAUUUUUAAAUGAUAAAGAUCAAUUUGAAAAUUAUUAUCGUCGUCAAUUAGCAAAAAGAUUAAUUACUGAUACUUCUAAAUCAGAAGAAUUAGAAGAAUCAUUACUUCAAAGAUUACAAGUUGAAAAUUCAAGUGAAUAUACCUCUAAAAUGACUAGAAUGUUUGCUGAUAUGAAAACUUCAGCAGAUUUAAAACUGAAUAUUAGAGAUUUUGGUCCAGUUAAAGAUUUUAAUCCAUUAAUUUUAGCUCAAAAUAUGUGGCCAUUUGAUUAUAAAGAAGAAUAUAAUUUAAAAGUUGCUCCUCAACUUGAAGAACAAUUUAAUAAAGUAUUAGAAUAUCAUGAUAAUAAAUAUAAUGGAAGACAACUUAAAUGGCUUUGGCAUCAUGGUAGAGCAGAAUUAAAGGCAAAUUUAUCUAAAAAAUCUCAAAAAUUUACAUUUAUUGUUAGUAAUCCUCAACUUAUGAUUUUAAUGGCAUUUAAUGAAAAGAGUAGUUAUACAUUUGAAGAAUUACAUGAAAUUGUUGGAGGAUCUAAAAAUGUAUUUGAAAUGCAUUUACAACCAUUUGUUACUUAUAAAUUAUUAAUUCAAACUCCAGAAGGUGAAUCAGCAAUGGGUAAAGAAGAUACAAGUUUUAAAAUUGUUGAAGAUUAUAAAUCUAAAAAAUUACGAGUUAAUUUUGUUGGUGCUAUUAAAUCUAUAGAAACUAAGGAAGAAGAAGAUGAAAUUAAUAAAGAAGUUGAUGAAACUCGUAAGAAUUUCCUUUCUGCUUGUAUUGUUAGAAUUAUGAAAUCUAGAAAGACCAUUAAACAUAAUGAUUUAGUUAAUGAAGUUCUUCCUCAAACAGUUAGUAGAUUUCAAGCAAGAGUAAUUGAUGUUAAGAAAGCUAUUGAUUAUUUAAUUGAUAAAGAUUAUAUGAAACGUCUAGAAAAUAAUACUUAUCAAUAUAUUUCUUAGAAUAAUAAUAUGAUUACAUAAUAAUAUAAUUAUAUAAUUAUAUAUAUAUAUAUAUAACUUAGUGUAGUAGUGUAUAGCUUUUAAUAGAAGCGG